GUGAUCAGCAGAUUGUACAUAUAUGAGUCAGACAGACCAAACCCACAGGCCUCAGACAGGAUUUAAAGCAUCUUCCUUGUCAGUUCAGUUUGAAUUUCACCACCUGCACUCUGGUUCUUCUUGGAUGAGCUCAUGGCAAAGAUCUCCUAAUAUUUGAACCUGUACAACCAUGGGGGACUGGUCUUAUCUUUCAUCACUGCUACAUAAGGUCCAGUCCCACUCAACUGUAGUGGGGAAGAUCUGGAUGAGUGUCCUCUUCCUGUUCAGGAUCUUUGUCCUGGGUGCUGCUGCAGACAAAGUCUGGUCAGAUGAGGUUUCGGAGUUCACCUGUGACACUAAGGAACCAGGAUGUGAACAUGCUUGCUACAACUGGAAAUUUCCAAUAUCCUAUGUACAUUACUGGGUCCUACAGAUCACUUUUGUGUCAACGCCCACCCUUGUCUACCUGGGACAUGCAGUACACAUAAUUCACAAAGAGAAGAGAAUGAUGGAACAGAAUGAAGUUGAUGGAACUAAACUGAAGAAACGCAAAUAUACAGAUGAUCGUGGAAAGGUGAAGAUAAAAGGCAUCCUCUUUUGUACUUACAUAACCCAGCUGCUUUGUAAAAUCAUCCUGGAAGUGGGUUUUAGUGUGUGUCAGUUUUUCAUCUUUGGUUCCCCCUUCAUUUAUUUAAAGUUCCACUGCAAAAUAUCUCCUUGUGCCGAACUGGGCGGUGCCCAGUGUAUGGUGUCCCGUCCCACAGAGAAAACUAUCUUUAUCUUUUUCAUGCUUGUUGUUUCAGGUAUUUCGGUACUCCUUAAUAUAGUUGAGAUAAUUCACCUGUGCUGUAUAAAGAGAAAAGACACCAGAAAACAAUUUCUAUGUGAACAGCGUGUUCUCAGUUCAGAGUACUACCCAUCCAGUCCAGGUGGGUGGACAAUGAGGACCCAGUAUGGAGGAGUACCAUUGUUGACUCUGCCAGCUCAUCAUCUGACAGUAUUAAAUGCUGACGACAACCACAGUGAUUCCAUCAGUAAAGAGAAGGACACCUGACAGAUUAAUUUAAUUCAAACAUUUAAUUUACGUAUCACUUCUUAGGAUCUGCUCUUAUUGUUGUUUUACUUGAGUAUCAUGUUUUACUGUUGUGUACAAUAUUCAAAUGUACUGUGCCUCAAGGUGAAAAUGUUAAAUUUUCACAUUUCCCGAACAUCAGUUUCAUUGUGUUCUAGUUGCUGAUCAAAAAGUCCAAUGCAGAAGAAUCAUGUUGAAGUUACUCUGUUACUAACUUUAUACAUCUGUAAUAAGUCUUAUGUAAUGACUGGUUAUACAAAUUAUUUC